AUGCUGGCAAAAGUUCUGUGUCGCAGCUUCACAGCUCACAAACCUCCUGUAAGGAUUGCAGUCACAGGCGGCUCUGGUCAGAUUAGUUACAGUCUAUUAUUCCGCUUACUACUCCCUCUCCUCAUUCAGCUGAGCCUUUAGAAAAUCCCGAUUUUUGACAGUAGAGGUAACAAUAUAAAAAUAUUUGAUGUAUGUAAAUGAUAAAUAUUAUAACGAAAUCUCCAGCUAAUUUCAUAAGAUUUUAAAUAGCUUACGUUCUAAACAUAAAUUUUUAAAUUAAUUAAUUUCUUUUACUUUCAAAUUGGGAAAAAUUUAAAUUCUAUAUAUCCUUAGCGAACAAACAAAUUUUUGGUCGCUCAUUGAGGGAGAAGUUAGCAAGUGGUGCAUUACUUGGUCCUCACCAACCUAUCAUCCUCCAAAUCCACGAUCUCCCUAUGAUGCAGCAAGCUCUUAGAGGUGUCGUAAUGGAGCUUCACGAUUGUGCUUUCCCUCUUCUCCACGACGUUAUUGCAACUGAUGUCCAAAGCACCGUCUUUACUGACGUAGACUAUGCCUUCUUAGUCGGAUCCAAGCCAAGAGGCCCAGGAAUGGAAAGAGGCGACUUGCUCAAGCAAAACGGAGAAAUUUUCGUCAAGGUAGGAGAAGACCUAAAUAAGUAUGCUAAAAAGACCUGCAGAGUGAUUACAGUCGGAAACCCAGCCAACACCAACUGUUUAAUUGCCCAGUCCCAUGCUCCUGACAUUCCUAAACAAAACUUUUCAGCAAUGACUAGACUUGACCAUAACAGAGCUCUGAGCCAGCUUGCUCUUAAAGCAGAAGUUCCAGUGACUUCGGUCAGCCACGUCUGCAUUUGGGGAAACCACUCUUCAACUAUGUUCCCUGAUGCAAGCCACGUAAAGGUUUCCGGAAAUGCAGGACAUGCUAAAUUUACUCACUCCCCCCCCCCCUCCUCCGUGAGCGAACAAAACCAUUAGAAAAAUCGCCAUUUUUUGACCAAAAACCCACCCUCCGUGAGUGAACAAAAAUUUUUUUUUAAUAGAAAAAAUUUUAAUGGAAAAAAAUUUUGAUAUAUAAGUGAUAAUUAGUAUAAUGAAAUCUAGAGCUAAUUCUGUUUAAUUUUAAACAAAUUGCGUUUUUAAAACAUAAAUUUUGCAAAUUAAAUUAAUAUUUGCUUCCCAAUUUUUGCAAAUUAGGAUUUUUUUAAAAUUUCGAAAAAAAUAUUUUUUUAUAAAAUUUAUAUAUAAAUUUUUUUUAAAAAAAAAAAUUAACCCCCCUCCGUGAGCGAACAAAAUUUUUUUGUUCGCUCACGGAGGGGGGGGGGGGAGUCAGGAGUUUAUAGAGAAUGAGUUCAUCCCAACUGUACAACAGAGAGGAGCAGCUAUUAUUGCAGCUAGAAAGUUAUCAAGUGCGGCAUCAGCGGCGAAUGCAGCGAUUGAUCACAUGAGAGACUGGACCUUUGGAACUCAUGGAGGAUGGGUCAGUAUGGCAGUUCCUAGCGAGCUGUACCAUGGAGCUUAUGGAGUCCCUGAUGGGCUGAUUUUCUCAUAUCCACUUACAAUUGACGGUUCUGGACAUUAUCAUUUAGUGAGAGACUUGCCCACAAACAGCUUUGUGACUGAAAAACUUAGACUCACUAUUGACGAGCUGCAAAAGGAGAAACAAGAAGUCCAGCAUUUACUUAAAAAAUAA